AAGUCGAAGAGAAACGGCUAGGAAACACGUUAAUCAUGGCGCUCGCUGAAGUUUGUGGUCUCAAUUCUUUCGUGAAUUUUAAAACAACGGAGGAAAAUGAAAAUGUCGAUAGCGAAAUCGACUUUCGUAAUUUUUCUAACAAUCUUCAACUAGCUGUGCCUCCUUAUGCUAACCCAGCAGCACAACUCGCACAAUUUUCUGAUGAUCCUAACACUGUUGGAAAGGGCAUUAAGAUUAAAUUUGAUCAUGGAACCACAACUCUGGGUUUUAUGUACAAAAACGGAAUUAUUCUCGCUGUUGAUUCCCGAGCCACUGGUGGCAACUUCAUUGGAUCUCAGACCAUGAAGAAGAUCGUGGAAAUCAACGAUUAUUUACUAGGAACCUUAGCCGGAGGAGCAGCGGAUUGCGUUUAUUGGGACCGUGUUUUAGCAAAGCAAUGUCGCAUGUACGAACUCAGAAAUAGAGAGCGCAUUUCUAUCGCCGCUGCCAGCAAACUCAUGUCAAACAUGGUCUACAAUUACAAAGGAAUGGGCCUUAGUAUGGGAAUGAUGAUCGCUGGAUGGGACAAACGUGGACCAGCACUCUAUUACGUAGACUCGGAAGGCACCAGAACUCCUGGAAAGGUCUUUAGCGUCGGUUCCGGAUCCUUGUUUGCAUACGGAGUUUUGGACUCGCUCUACGAUUGGAAUUUGGAGGAUAAGGACGCGUACGAGCUUGGAAGACGGGCAAUUUACCAUGCAACUUUCAGGGACGCGGCCUCUGGUGGAAUUGUCAGAGUUUACCACAUGAAAUCGACCGGAUGGGUCCGCAUUUCUGAGGAAGACUGCAAGGAUCUUCACUUCAUGUACGCUGACCAAAAAGCACAGAGCCAGAGUGCAUGAUUUCUUAUUUUAAUCUAUGCUGAGUGAUAAGGUCUUUUGUUUAAUAAAACUAUUUCUAAAUGAUGAUAAA